ACGUCAGCGAAUUUCCGCCAAGCAGAAAAAAGGUAAACACGGACAACCAAGUCGCCAUAACCUUCACAGCUGACAUAGAGAAAAAGAAAGGAUUCUGACAUCGCAGAGCUUAAAAUUUCAAGAAAGCAAUCUCCAGGAGAAAGAUAGAUUGUAUAGUUUCAGUUCCUGUGGAUUGAGACGUCUGAAAGUGAUAUCUCCAAAGUCUGGUUACUGCUGACGGCUGCCCUCAAAUUACUUUUAUAUCAGAUGAAUCGCAUGUGGAGUUGGAUGACCUGAAAGAUUAGUGAGGGAGAAGCGAGGCAUCAGAGGAUCAUUUUGCCUUUGUUUCUCUCCAUGAUUAUCAGUGAUGUGGGUCUGUCUUCAUAAUAGUUGCCAGAAUUGAUGUCUACACUCACCAUGGUGAAGACGUUCCAGGCGUAUCUCCCGAGCCAGUGCCAUCGCACUUAUAGCUGCGUCCACUGCCGAGCUCACCUAGCCAAUCAUGAUGAACUGAUCUCAAAGUCCUUUCAGGGCAGUCAAGGCAGAGCAUAUCUCUUCAAUUCUGUUGUCAAUGUUGGGUGUGGCCCUGCUGAAGAGAGGGUGCUUCUGACAGGGCUCCAUGCUGUGGCUGAUAUAUACUGUGAAUGCUGUAAAACAACACUGGGCUGGAAAUAUGAACAUGCUUUUGAAUCCAGUCAAAAAUACAAAGAAGGCAAAUACAUCAUAGAACUUGCACACAUGAUUAAAGACAAUGGAUGGGAUUGAGCUUUACAGUUCAAGAUUUUCAAGAUCUGCUUUUAUUUCCAAGAAUCACAGACAAUUUGCUGUUGAAAGUGAUACUAUGUUGCCAUGGUGAUGGCUGAAGAUUCCAUAGGAUCUAAUUUUCACUUAAGGCAUAUAUCAUGUUACUGAGCAUGUGAGGCUGAUGUCUUCUUGCUGCAUUAAUGGCGUUUUCACCAUGGCAAACAUUAUUUUUCAUACAAAACAAGAAGAAGGAGGAUUAUCCAUUUUUUCAUCUCAUCACAGACAUUAUUCUGAACAUGUUGAUUGACUCAAGAGGAGCUCAACAAGGCACCAUCAUUUCAUUUUGAGCAUUACACAUUCAUUUAUAAGUGUUGUUAGACACAAACACACCUUUCGCCUUUGUUGUUAAGAGCCAUGUAUUGGCACUACAUAAGAAUGUAUUGAUCAGACUUUGUUUUUGCAACAUGACUGCAAAACCUAUAAGCAACAGAACCUGCAUAUAACAUGUAGCUUUAUUAGUUGGCUAGGUAUUGACUGUUGCUGGGUUCCAGGGAAAUGUGUAUACAUGAUGCAGUUUAUUUUCGUCCACCUGUUGUUAAAGUGGAAUCUACAGUUAAGGUUAACAUGCAUUUUGCUUGUUAAUAACAAUUAAAGAAAAUUGUUAUUUGGACCAAAAGUUUUUUGAAGCCAUUGCUUGCAAUGGUUUAAGUUAUGUUUUUGUAUUAUUUGGCCAAUUGUACCAAUUAUUUUAGGAUGCCCUUGAUCUGUCAUCUCAAGUUUCCCUAGUUCCACAUUAAGCAGUCAGGUUUUACCAUUUAAUAACAUGUCUGGGGAUCUAACAAGCUAGAUGAGGUAGAAGAACAUUCCAGUAAGGUCAGGAAACUCAGAGAGCAAGAAAGGAUACUUCCUGUACCUGAAUACAGCACCAACCCUGUGCUGCAGCUAACAGCAAACUGCAUACUUUGGUGCCAGUCCAAACUUUUUACCGAUAUUAUUUGGAAUCCAGGCAUCUUUGAGCUUAUUAACCUCAAAAAACACUAAACCAGUCAAAUUUCUUUUAUCGUUAAGUAAUUUUCCCUUAAAUUAUUCUGUGAGCAAUAAGAAGUCUUGGCUCCAUAAAACUGGUUCAGCAUGCUCAUCUGUUCUUGUGGUAAUAGGUAACCUCACAGGUGUGCAUGCUUUACUGAGCUGUCAGCUGUCAGACUACCACCUGCAGGCGUUCUACCCUCACCUCCCCUGACCUCUGCUAUCAUAUAUAUACAUGUAUAUGUGUAGAACCCUGCUCUUUUCAGGCUUAUUAGUUGAUAUUUUUAUGGUUAAAGGGGUGUCUUUGCUUAAUUUCACCAUGCACAUCAAUCUUUUAAUAAAAGGUCAGUUGUAAUAUUAUAAUGAUGUGCUUUUCAUGGUCAAAUAGAAACUUACAUCUGAAAUGGUGUAUCGUUUAUUUUUUCACAUAAGCACAAUUAUCAAGUUUUUACUCACUGAAAUUUGCUACAUUUUGUUAACGAAUGAGACUUUUAACUACCAUGUUGUUAAAAUGGAGGGAAAUCCUAACAUGUCCCUUUAGAUGUGUUUAGUUAAAAUGCAUGGACAGUGCUGCAUUGUCAGCUGCACAUUUAGUUUCAAUCGCUCAUGUAGCCAACAGAGCUUUGGGUGUGAUUUAGUUCAUGCACAAGUCGGUGGUAAUUAUGGAUCAACUGAGUCUUUUAAAUAUUGAUUUCAUGUUGUUUUGUGGAACUAUGUGUUAGUUGCCUACAGUUUUUUACUGUUGUUAUCUUACCUUUGGGUAAUGGUUUUACGAUAUUGGUUUUUGCACUAGAAAACAGUGAAUGCGUUGUGGAAAGGUAACGCCAGAACAAGAUUUUAUUUUAAUUAGGUUCAGUGAGACAUCGGUUUAAAUAGCGUUUCAGCUGCAGGCGUAAUGUAGUGAAAAAA